UAAAUAAAUAAAAUCAAUACAGUGCUGCAUUACUCGUAUUUUGAAAUACUAUAAGAAGAAAGCAGCGAGAGCUCCAAAAUUCAUAUACAUUUCACUUUGAAAGUAUGCAACAUUCGCCAAAACGUGUUAAUUUUUUGUUGUUUGUUUGUCUGUUUGUUUCUGAAUCUUCCAGAGGAUUGAUAGAGAAGUUCACACAGUUCCUCUGGAGUGACAGACCAUGGGCCGGCUGGAUGAAGCAGCCAAACAAAAAGUGGUGGAGCUACGGAAGGCCGGUCUCAGUUUCCGUAAGAUAAAAGCUGUGUUGGAGCUGGAGAACAUCAAGGUGUCCGCCCAGGCCAUCUAUCUAUACCUGAGGGAGUUUCAAGGGAGGCCACCAGGGAGGGUCAGACCGCUGGAGGCUGGAAGCAGCACAUCACAAGCACAUGUGCAUCCUCGAGGAGGUGCAGCACAAGAAAGCUGGAAUAAUAUUCAUCUCCAAAACCUUCUGCGUGAGGCAUCUCAGCAUGCUGGCUUUGCAGCAGCUGCAAACUUUGCCAAACAGACUCCAACAAAUCCAGCCACUGGGGCAAAGCCAUCAGGGUCUGGGGUGACAGGCUGCAGGUCAGAGCAACAACCAAGGGGAGAUAAGGAGGAAAAUGACAUCCAGAUUGUUAGUGUCACUUCCCUUGCACAGAACAGCCAACAAAGAAGUCCCCAGUCCACUGUAACAAGGGCAAAUACAGGCCCUGUGUCUUCCACACUCACAGCUUCUGGAGCAGUCAUGAGGAGAAGAGUCACUCCUUCUCCAGCCACCAAUCCAAUGCUGGCAGCUCGAAAGAGGCUUUUAGAUAAAGCACUGUCACAGAAGAUGAAGUCGUUCCACCAGAUGGCAUCAUUGUUGAGGAGAGAUCACUUGAGUGUCCAAGGUCAGAGUACUGUGUCACAACCAUCUGAAACAUAUGAUCUAACCAAUGACAAGACUGUUAUGGAAGAUCAGCCUGGAGGAGCCACUGCCCCCAGGCGCUUUAUCACACAGAGACCAGGUCCAUCUGCCCGUUCCCUUCACCCUCUUCCUCGAGUUGGCAUUCGUCUUCCGAAUCAAUCCCCUUCACCUUUAACACCUUCUGCUCCUGGGGUUGCAGUCAUUCGUCUGCAGACCCCUGGAGGUCAGGGCGCCACUCGUAGUGAGGGCAACCCGAGUCCCCAUCAGGCGGUCCAAGACGCAGGAGUGAGAGGAGGUCUGCAGGAUCAGAUCAAAACUCUCGGUACUGAGGUGCAUAGUUUGGGUCUUGCAGUGAAGAUGCUGGUGGAGCAGCAGUGCCGCCUGGAGAGGGAGCAGGCGCAGCAGACACACAUUCAGAAGCAGAUCCUCAUCACUCUACAGAGCUUUACCUCCAAAAUAGGACAUUGUAGCAGUGUUCAACAGCCACAAAACAAAACCCCAUCACUCUGUGACUUGCCGGUUUCUGCAUCUGCCUCCUUCAGCCAAGACACCUUUAACUUCAGUCAAGGCACGUACAGUCAGUGCAGCCAAACCCAGCCAAUCUUCAACUCUUUAGAGAGUUUAGAUCAUGCAGAGGCCUUUAAACUGCCUGGUCUGAGCCCGUCAAGUAUGAAUGGGUUUCCGACAUGUAGCAACGCUGAGAACCUCCCACUAACGCACACUCCUCCUAUAACACAAACAUAUGCAGCUGCUUACCCACAGCAGUCAAACAGUCAAGCACUCAUUCCAACAUAUACACAGUCCUAUGUCUCUACAUACAGCCAGCCACAUUCUCAGACUUUUAGAGGUUCAGAGAGUAAAGCAUCUGACUUCCCAAGCAGCUGUUCAGCCAGGACUCUCCAGGACUGCAGUGUGUCCACCCAGCCGAUGAUGAACUCUGAGCAGUGUUCACAGGAUCAACAGAUCAAUAUAAUCAAAGUGGAAGGACCGUAGAUAGCUUGAGAAAGUGUUUGAACAGUAAGGGCUUUUUUUUAAAGAGUCUAUUCAGAAUACUAAUUUAAUCAGCCAUGUUUUUAUAAAAAAAUAAAAGUACACUGUAGCAUUUCUUCAAAUUAACUUAUUUUAAAAUACAUUUUAAUAUAAUACAAACAGCAAUACAGUUCAUAGAUAGUGUCUGAAGUUUGUCUUUACUAAAGGCAACAAUUACAACAUAUGAAACAUGUUUUGUGUCGGCAGGUUGUCACUGUGUUAACACUAACUGUAUGUUUUUUUAUCUCUUAUUUUUGUAUCAUCAACUGAUUGUUUCAUACCUCUGUGCUAACUGAUUAAACAAAAGUAAUCGUAA